UCCUCACAUACGCUUUCCUUAUAUGGCUUGUUUGCUGAUGUCUCUUAUAAAUCUUACCACAUACACCACCUCAUCUCCCAAAACGACGUCUCUGAAUCCGGUCUUUGUCUCCAUUAACGCCCUCGCAGUCGCACGCCUCCUCUCUCCUCUCUCCUCUCUCCUAUUCAGUAGGAAAAUUUUUUGCUCAGGGACUGUGAUUCAGAAUGGGGAGAGGGAAGAUAGCGAUAAGGAGGAUAGACAAUUCGACGAGCAGGCAAGUGACGUUCUCGAAGAGAAGAAAUGGACUCUUGAAGAAAGCGAAGGAGCUUGCGAUCCUGUGUGACGCGGAAGUUGGAGUCGUAAUCUUUUCUAGCACCGGAAAGCUCUACGAUUUCUCUAGCACCAGCAUGAAAUCAGUGAUUGAAAGAUACAACAAAUCAAAGGAGGAACAUCAGCAGAUGGGAAACCCAAUAUCUGAAGUGAAGUUCUGGCAAAGGGAGGCAGCUAUGUUGAGGCAACAACUGCAAAACUUACAAGAAAAUCACCGGCAAAUGAUGGGUGAAGAGCUCUCUGGCUUGAGCGUAAAGGAGUUGCAAAAUUUGGAGAGUCGACUUGAAAUGAGUCUCCGGGGUGUUCGUAUGAAAAAGGACCAAAUCUUAAUGGAUGAAAUACAAGAACUAAACAGAAAGGGAAACUUCCUUCACCAAGAAAAUGUGGAACUCUGUAAGAAGGUAAACUUAAUUUAUCAAGCAAACAUCGAAAUGUGUAAGAAGAUUUACGGAGCAGGAAAUAUAAAUGGAGUAAACAGAGAUUACUUUAGCACCAACAGUCUGGGCAUUGAGGAGGAAUCAAAUGUGCCUGUCCAUCUUCAGCUUAGCCAGCCACAGCAACAGAACUAUGAUACACCAGCAAGAGCUACAAAAUUGGGCAGACUACAAUUGCAUUAGUGAAGAAGAUGCAUCCACUGGAAAUGGAUGUUAUGCGAUAUUACUGGCUCAUAAAUUUCAUAAUUAUGCUUCUACUGGUGCUGUGUGGUAUGCCAGCCACUGACCAUUCGACAACCAGG